GGAAAGUCCAGGCUGCCGCGCUAGCGCUGUGAGUUUUACAAGGUGUUCUGAUUACACCUCUGUACGUUUAUUUUACUCGGCGGAUGCAAUUAAAUACGUUGCAUAUACUAUUGCUAAAACGGGUGUUCUACAUCUUUCGUAUGAACGAUGUAAAUCAGUUUACGAACCAGUUCGAAGACUAGCGUUUGAACGCUUCCAUCAUAUUAUUGUUGCAUUACGCGCCUUAGAAUUAAUUUCUUUGGUAAUAAUAACCACUAUGGAUGCUGUCAAGUGCAAUGGAUCGUAUUGUAGCCCAGGUUGUUUGUUUAUACCGAUUUCUUCGGCUAUACGACAGAUGAUGGUACCCUUUUUUCGUAUUUAUUACAUUAUUCUCGAGUUUCUCUUUUACAGGGAACUUCUUCACAUUGUAAAAAAUACCAAAAAUGGACAAAAUUAUCGAGAUAUUAUCCAUCAGAUAAUUCUCUUUUCAAUUGAUAUAUUACAACUCUCGGCAAUGUGUAUCUAUCGAUUAUUAGGAUUUAAGUAUAGAUUACCUACUCACCAUUAUGCCGAACUCUUUAGCACCGCAUAUACUAUCUUUGUAAUGACCAGAUUUUGGGACAGAAUAAAAGGGUUUUUUGAUAGUCAGUUCUGGGAGAAGGCAGGAUCCUUUUAA